CCUAAAUCCUGUCGUCGUAAACUGCAAGCAAACAAAAAGUAACACAACAUAUCUGGGCAUCACCAUUGAGCACGGUGUACAGGAUAAGCAUGGCUAACUCUACAAUCCGGAAUGUCAAUACAGAGGGGUUUGAGGAAAUUGAUGAUGCCAAUUUGGUGAAGGCUAUCGAAGAAAGUCGGAGAGAUCGGUCCACCAUGCCACUGAUCAAACAGGAGCUGCGGUAUACCAUACUAUACCGGCGGAUGUCAUCUGGUCAGGAGGAAAUGGUGGUGGGGGAGACAUCACAGCCGGAAUACAAGCUGAGAAAUGAAGAAGUACGAAAGCUCUAUCGACGGCGGGAACAGAAUAGGCAAUCAUCUGUACGAUGUCGACGGAGAAAAAAAGAAUACUGCAAGGAUCUUGAAAAGACGAUCACGGAGCUGGAGAUAAAACGGUGUGAUUUACAAUCGGAUAUGAAGCGAUUAGAUCAUGAGAAGAAACGUCUUGAGAAGCUGGUUACAAGGCAUUUAAAGUAUGGAGAAUGCAAAUACAGAACAAGCAUACAGUCGGCAGUAAAACAAGGUCAAAAUGGCGCCGGUAGUCAUGUCUUCGAAGACACUUUCUACGUUCAAAGCAUACAUCAUCCGCCUAGCUACCAGGCACCAAACCAACAAUCAGCCAAUCACCUAGCACCAAACAAACAAUCAGCUAAUCACCUUGCAGCCAACCAACAAUCAGCCAUUCAUCAGAUACAAAACACAGCGAUUCCCGUCCGUAAGUGUGUGAUGAAGAAGUGCUCGUCUAUUAGGACCAACAGUAGCCAAGUAAACAAGGUUUCCCUGUUAAGUGUACAGUAAUUUCUCUCCAAAAAACGAAUGUCCGAUUUACGAUGUAUGUCAAACGUAUUGUUAAUAUUAUCGACGUAGCAGGGUAAGAGUUUCACAUAAUUUAUGGAACGACAGAGCCUCACUUUUGUCAAGAAAGAUACCGAGGUAUUACACCAUUGUUUACGAAGCAAGUAUUAUUUGAAGCGUGAUGGACAUACAUUGCUGUUUUGGCCGAGGAGACAUGGAACUCUAACAAUUAAAUCAAAGUGACUGUUUUCAAAACAAUACAUAAAAUAUUUUUUGAAGAUAUAUUCAGCAUUGAAAAUCAUUUUAAAGUUG